AUGACUCACUCCUGCUGCUCCCCGUGCUGCCAGCCCACGUGCUGUGAGUCCAGCUGCUGUCGGCCUUGCUGCCCCCCAACUUGCUAUCAGACUAGUGAAAACACCUGCUGUAGGACCACCUGCUGCAAACCUACCUGUGUGACCACCUGCUGUCAGCCCGCCUGCGGUGGGCCCAGCUGCUGCCAGCCUUGCUGUCGCCCUAUCAGUUGUCAGACCACGUGCUGCAGGACCACCUGCCUCAAGCCUACUUGUGCGACCACCUGCUGCCAGCCCACCUGCUGUGAGUCCAGCUGCUGUCAGCCCUCCUGCCCCCAAACUUGCUGUCAAAUCACUGAAACCACCUGCUGCAAACCUACUUGUGUGACCAGCUGCUGUCAGCCCACCUGCUGUGGAUCCAGCAGCUGUGGACAAACCUGCGGUGGUUCCAACUGCUGUCAGCCAGCUUCCUGUGCACCCGUGUACUGCCAUAGAACCUGCUACCACCCCACAUGCGGCUGCCUGCCUGGGUGCCAAGCCCAGAGCUGUGGAUCCAGCUGCUGCCAGCCUUGCAGCCGCCCUGUCUGCUGUCAGACCACCUGCUGUCGGACCACCUGCUGCCGCCCGAGCUGUGUGUCCAGCUGCUGCCAGCCUUCCUGCUGCUGA